AUGUCGGACUCUUCGAUAUCUCUGUUAGAACUGGUUGACGAAUCAUUGCAUGGCACUCACACUACAAUCAUUGAAACAAUUCCAUUGGAUUUAGCCAAUGUUACAAGUGAAGCAGUUUCUCGACUGUUGUCCAAAAUUCAGUCUAGAAGAUCGGUCGACUCGAGGUUUCAUUCAAGAGAAGAAAAUCCUGAAUUAAAUAGACCCAAUAAAGCCAUUCAUGAUUUAGAAAAAGGGGCCGAUGAAAACGCAGUUAAAAGAUCUAAACCUGAGGAUGCAAAUGGGGAAACUAAGAUUGAAAGAUUUAGUAAUAAGACAAAAAAGAUCUGCAUUUUUGUUGUAGCUGUGUCAGGCUUCUUGUCGCCUUUAUCAUCCUUAUCAUUUUUGCCAGCAAUUCCUGAAAUGGCUAAAGAAUAUAAUACUACUGGUGAAAUUAUUAAUGUCUCAAGUGCUGUAUACUGUGUGUUUAUGUCAUUAUCUCCUUGUGUAUUCUCGCCUUUUUCAGAUAUCUAUGGCAGAAGGUUUUCGUUUUUGCUUUGCUCCUGCCUCUUCUCGGUAUUCUCUGUCCUAGUAGCAGUUUCACCAAAUCUUGCAAUGUUUUUCGUUUUUAGAUCUUUGACUGCUUUAGUUGGUACUGCUUUCUUGAGUAUUGGUGCCCAUAUUGUAAGUGAUUUGUAUGUACCCACUGAGAGAGGAGCAUAUAUGAGCAUCAUCAUUAUGGGAGCCCAAGUUGGUACUGCAUUGGGUAGUGUUGGCGGUGGUGUAAUUGUCAACUUUACAUCCUGGCGUAUUAUUUUCUUUGUGUUGGCAGGAAUUGGUUUUUCUGUGAUGGCAAUGGCAUUUGUUUUCUUGCCAGAGACAUCAGUCGAGACAAAACACCAAAUCGUACUUCGAGAAGCUAGAAAAGAUAACCCCAAAAAAAAGUUUGUGCUUAUUUCCUAUAAUCCGUAUAAAAUAAUGACAGCAUUAAAAUAUCCAAAUUUAUCAAUUGAUGGGUUUAUUACAAUCUCUUUGAUAUUCACAAUGUAUUCAUUAUUAACACCAAUCAGGUAUGUUGUCGACCCCAGAUUCAAUUUGACUUCACCCAUAUUAAGUGCUCUAUUUUACUUACCUCCAGGUAUAGGCUAUCUAGUAGGAAGCUUAUUUGGUGGUAAAUGGGCUGACUAUACAGUAAAGAAAUAUAUCAAAAUCAGAGGUAGAAGAGUCCCUGAGGAUAGACUAAGAACUAUCCUCAUACCCAUCGGCAUAGUCUAUCCAGCUUGCAUGCUCAUUUACGGUUGGUCUAUAGAAAAAGAAAAAGGAGGAAUCGCUGUUCCAGUAAUUUUCAUGUUUAUCAGUGGAGUUGCGCAAACAUGUAUAUUUCCGGCUGCUAACACCUAUUGUGUAGAUUCAAUGCCUGAAUUGGGAGGUGAUGGUAUUGGAAGCAGCUACUUCUCUCGUUAUAUCGCAGCAGCCGUCGCAUCAGCAACAUGCUUGCGAAGCAUUCAAAACAUAGGAGUAGGUCGGUCUUGUACAAUCAGUGCAUUUGUCUUGUGGAUAGGAGCCGCCUGCGGAAUAGUACUAAUUUAUUUUGGAGAAAAUAUGAGAAAGAAAGCUUUGAUUAAAUACGGUUUGAGAACUCCAGAGAGCUUCAAUAAUUAG